AUGAAGAAAAGCUUUGCGAAGCGGAAGAACAAGUUGAAGAAGGAGAACAAUGCGGGGUACUCCAAUGGGGCACGCCUGCUAAAGGGUAAGAAGGGAGAAGCGCAGCGAGGGGGGGGCCCAAUGAAGAAGAGGAGCAACGGGGUAGGCGACCACCCCAAGGGGAAGAAGCAUCCCAUUGGGAAGAACCACCCCAUAGGGAAGAAUCACCCCAUAGGGAAGAACCACCCCAGGGGGAACAACACAGACGAGGGGAAGAACUCCAAAAGGAGGCCCCGCGAAGAAAGCGCUGGGAAAGGAACCCCCACAGGGAAGACCCACAAACGAAGGGACAAUCAAAACAAAAGCGAACUUCUAAACGAAAAGUGCAAAAAAAUUAUGAACGACGAAAAUCUGUCCAAGUCAAAAAAAAAAAAAUUAAUAAAGGAACAUAAAAAAAAAGUGAUAGUAGAAAAUUACGACUACUACAAAAAAUUGAGAAUCAAAUUGAACGACUUGCUACAGACAAAGGAUAAGGACGAGAAAAAGAGGCAAAUAAAUCUGCUCUGUGCAGAGCUAAAAAAGGUACAGCUAGCCAAAUUUGCACGGACCAACUUGGGGUACCACAUUAUUUCCUCCUUAGUAAUCAACGGAUCGGAGGAGGUGCAAAAAAAGUUGUGGAAAAAUCUGCAUGAACAUAUGAGCGACAUCAGCACGUUCAACUUCGUGUCGAUCGUCUUCCAAUGUUUUUACAAACACGCGAAAGGUGAAGAGAUAAGAAAGGACAUCCAGCAGUGGCUGUUAAAAAACCCGAAGACCUUUUUCACGAAAUUUGCUUCCAGACUGUGGAACACCGUUUUUCAAAAGCUCAAAACAGGCAUGAGAACAAAAAUUACAAACUAUCUGAUCAUCCCGAAUGGAGGUAGCCAAAAUGAAAAGCUCGCAAACGGGAUGAAAAAUAUAACUCUGGAUAUUUUAAAAAAAGACACCAAAGAAAUGUUCGAGACGUUUAAUGAAGAAAAUAAAACACUAAUACGUAAGUACCUAAUCGAGGUGGUAGAAAUGCUGGUGGAGAAGGAGCUCCUUUACAAUAUCGUUUCUCAUAAUAUCCUCCUGACAGCAUCCAAAAUUCUAAAUGAUGAAGAGUUGGCCAACGUCAUGGAGACCAUCCACCAAGGGUGUGAAUACCUCCUCUCGACCAACCUAGGAAAUCAAGCGCUAAUAUAUCUCCUAGGGUACGCCACAAACAAACAUAAAAAGAGUCUAAUAAAGGUACUAAAAAAUGAUAUCUGCGAUUUGUGUAAAAAUAGCGUAAACUUUCUGCUAAUCAUUAGGUUGCUCAAAAUUACAGAUGACACGAAAUUGCUACACGAUUUUGUGGUAAAAAAAAUUGCCUCAAAUUUUGAAGAUAUUUUUAAUGACUACUAUGGAUUUUAUGUCGUCAUGGAAUUUUUCUACGAUUUUAAGCAGUCCAACGAGGAUAAAUUUCUAUACGUGCAGUGGAAAAAUCUGGUCUACUCCAAAGCUCCCAAAAGUGUUAAAGAUGCGGACAAGAGGAAAAGUGAAAUUAUACAGCCUAUCAUGGAACAACUGCAAACCGUCCUGCAGGAUGAGCACAAAUUAGCUCACUACGUAAAGGACAAAAAAUAUUUAAUUAUCAUUUGUGAAUUUUUGUGCCAAUCGACAGAUGAGCAAGUGGUUAGAGCGGUUCUCAAAAAUAUUGUCAGCCUCGUCGAACAAAUUAUCCUUGCGUGUGAAAAUAAGGAAGAGGUGAGCUCCAAGUAUAAUUGCAAAAAUGUGAACGAUUUGAUUUUCAAAAUAUUUUCCAAAUGUGGAAAUGGAAGUACUACUCUGCCGGGGGUCCUCCUAGAUGAGGACAUCCCCUUUUAUCGGUGCCUUUCCAAUGUCCUCCUCCCCCAGUUGGAAACCGCCAUCAAAUCUGAGUUAAUAAAAACGGUCAACAAUUUGCUUCGCUUCCUCAAGGAUAAUGAUGCGGCCGAGUUUGAAAGGGCUCUUGCCAGGGCCAGGCAGGCGGACAAUGAGCAAAUUUACCAAAACCUGAAGGACACGCUCCCCACGCUCACCCACUUUGACACCUACCUCGAGUUCGUCCGAGGUUCUAUGAUGCCCAGCCAUGAGAACAGCGGCUAGAAUUUUUUCCCCACCCGUAAAGCUGCUCGAACGUGCUGAAUAAACGUUCCGCAUGUAGAGGUAGA